AUGUGGGACCCGGUCCCGAUCCCGGCUCGGUCCGGCGGGCACGGGGAAGGGGUCAGGGUGGGGCCGGGGCCCUGCGGUGGGUCACGGAGGGUCCCGGGCUGGGGCCAGGAGGCUUCAAGGGCGGGGCCGAGAAACGGGCGGAGGCGAGACCAGGCGGUACCGGGGCGGGGCCAGGCGGUACCGGGUGAGACCAGGCGGUACCGGGGCGGGGCCAGGCGGUACCGGGUGAGACCAGGCGACCAGGCGGUACCGGGGCGGGGCCAGGCGGUACCGGGUGAGACCAGGCGGUACCGGGGCGGGACCAGGCGGUACCAGGUCGGGGCCAGGCUGUACCGGGGCGGGGCCAGGCGGUACCGGGUGAGACCAGGCGGUACCGGAGCGGGGCCAGGCGGUACCGGGGGCGGGACCAGGCGGUACCGGGGGCGGGGUCAGGCGGUACCGGGGGCGGCUUCAGGGGCGGGUCCCGGACCCGACUCAGGUGUGCGGGGCGGGCCCGGCUCAGGUGUGCGGGACUCCAGGGCGGCUGCGCGGGGCGGGACCGAGGUGAUUUCAUCCCCGGAAGGUACCUGGCUGCCAUUUGCUCACUAUGAAAACGGUAAGAGCAGGAGCUCCUUGUCCGAAGGCCCCAGGGGUCAGCUCCGGCUGGAUGCCCUCUGGAGGGGGGGAUUUUCCCCCUCUAGACUCUGCCACCUGCUCUGGACAAGGUCCAUUCUUGCUUCCUCCCUGGGACCCCCCCUUCUCCGGACCAGUGACUCAUCUGCCACUUGCUGCACACAGCUCGUGGGAAAGGGUCCAGUGCCACUACAGUACACGGCUCGUGGGAAAACAUCCCACAAAAUGAUAGUACACAGAUCAUGGGAAAGCGUUCUGCGACAUUACCCCACACGGAUUGCGGGAAAACAUCCCAUCAUGACAUGACCAUACACAGAUCACAGUAAAACAUCCAGCUACCUUAUCACACA